UCGCGAAAGCCCUCUAUGAAGCUGAAGGCACCCACAGAGCCAAAGGAGGGACGUGUUGUCAGUGCACUAUAUGAUUUCGAAGCAGAAAACGACCAAGAGUUGACCUUCCAUUACAAUGAUAAAAUUACGAUUCUCGAAGAGGUUGAUGAUAACUGGUACAGAGGCACACUUAAUGGGCAGAUUGGUAUCUUCCCGAAGACGUAUGUCGACAAGAACUAA